AUGCAGUUCACCACCGCUGUCUCUAUCCUGGCUAUCGCCAGUACCGCCAUUGCUUCUGCCGUUCCCGUCGCUCAGAGAGGCACAUCCUCUGAUUGCGUUGGUUCGCUUUUGUGCUGUGGCUCCUUGACCACCCCUCUUGACUCUACUGUCGACCCUCUACUCGCGACCCUGGGUAUCAAUGCUGCCAGCGUCGUCGGCUCCGUCGGUCUUGACUGCUCUCCCUACAGCAACAGCUGCACGUCGGCCCCUAAGUGCUGCACUGAGGCCAACCUAUUGAACGGCGUUCUGGCCCUUGGCUGCUCCGAACUGUAG